AUGGCAGCUGCGACGGCAUCCUCCCCCAGGGAGCGAAAGCCCUCAACCAGUGCUCCCAUCUCGACCCUUCAGGGCCCUGUCGGCCCUGGCUUCACCCGUCCCAAGCACAAGCGCACCGCCACGGGCUUCGGAGCGAGUGAUAUCAAAGCCGUCGAGUCAAGCAUUCCUGAGCAUAUGCGAGAGGCAUGGAGGAAAUACUCUCCUUCGGGCUUCACAACCAAGGACCAGUUCGAGACCGAAAUUGUCAGACAUAUCGAGACCACUUUGGCGAGAUCUCUGUUCAAUUGUGACGAGCUCGCUGCAUACUCUGGAACAGCUCUGGCGUUCCGAGAUCGUCUUAUUAUCGAUUGGAAUAAGACUCAGCAGAGACAGACAUUCGCUGACCAGAAGAGGAUCUAUUAUCUAUCACUCGAGUUUCUCAUGGGAAGAGCGCUUGACAAUGCCAUGCUGAAUGUGGGUUUGAAGAAUGUGGCUAAAGAUGGUCUGGCAGAUCUUGGUUUCCGUAUCGAGGAUGUGAUCAACCAGGAACAUGACGCUGCCCUCGGAAACGGCGGUCUUGGCCGACUCGCUGCAUGCUUCCUUGACAGUAUGGCAUCGCUCAACUACCCCGCUUGGGGCUAUGGCCUGCGAUACCGAUAUGGCAUCUUCAAGCAAGAGAUUGAAAACGGAUAUCAGGUGGAAAUCCCCGACUACUGGUUGGAUUUCAAUCCUUGGGAGUUUGCCCGACACGAUGUGACCGUCGACGUUCAGUUCUAUGGCUGGGUCAAUAAGUACACUGAUGACGAAGGGAAACAGGUUACUUCCUGGCAAGAUGGUGAACUUGUCACGGCUGUCGCCUACGACGUACCUAUUCCAGGGUACGGAACUCCAACUGUCAAUAAUCUCCGUCUUUGGUCAAGCAAGGCCUCGAGUGGCGAAUUUGACUUCUCCAAAUUCAACUCUGGAGAAUACGAAAGUGCUGUCGCCGAUCAGCAGCGAGCUGAAACCAUCUCUGCUGUUUUAUAUCCCAAUGACAAUCUGGAGCGGGGCAAAGAGCUGCGUCUAAAGCAGCAAUACUUCUGGUGUGCAGCCUCCCUACACGACAUCGUCCGUAGGUUCAAGAAGACCAACCGCAAAUGGUCCGAAUUCUCCGAUCAGGUCGCAAUACAACUCAACGAUACUCAUCCAACCCUUGCUAUCGUCGAGUUGCAACGCAUUUUGGUGGACAAGGAAGGGCUGGAAUGGCAAGCAGCAUGGGACAUUGUGACCAAGACAUUUGGCUACACCAAUCACACCGUCUUGCCAGAAGCUCUGGAGAAAUGGUCCGUCCCUCUGAUUCAGAAUCUGCUGCCGCGACAUCUUCAGAUCAUUUACGAGAUCAAUCUUUACUUCCUACAGACUGUUGAGCGUCGGUUCCCGAAAGACCGGGAGCUACUCUCCAGAGUCUCACUCAUUGAAGAGUCUCAACCAAAGACCGUUCGCAUGGCAUAUCUGGCCAUUGUGGGUUCCCACAAGGUCAAUGGUGUGGCCGAGCUGCACUCUGAUCUGAUCAAGACCACUAUUUUCAAGGACUUUGUCAAGAUCUAUGGUCCAGACAAGUUCACAAAUGUCACAAACGGCAUUACUCCCAGACGCUGGUUGCAUCAAGCGAAUCCUCGACUUUCUGAGCUCAUUGCUUCGAAACUGGGCAGCUACGAAUUCUUGAAAGAUCUGACCCUGUUGAACAAGCUAGAAGCAUUUGUUGAUGACAAGGAAUUCAAGAAGGAGUGGGCAGAGAUCAAAUACGCCAACAAAGUUCGCCUAGCCCAGCACAUCUUGAAGACAACUGGAGUCAGCGUUAACCCCAAAGCUUUGUUCGAUGUGCAAGUCAAGCGUAUUCACGAAUACAAACGACAACAGCUCAAUAUUUUCGGUGUCAUUCAUCGCUACCUCGCUAUCAAAUCAUUGAACCCUGAGGAGCGCAAGAAACUUGCACCCAGGGUUUCCAUCUUUGGUGGCAAGGCUGCUCCAGGAUAUUGGAUGGCCAAGACCAUCAUCCACUUGAUCAACAAGGUGGGAGAGGUCAUCAAUAACGACCCCGAUGUUGGUGACCUUCUCAAGGUCAUUUUCCUCGAGGACUAUAAUGUCAGCAAGGCAGAAAUCAUCAUUCCAGCCUCUGACAUCAGUGAGCACAUCUCCACUGCCGGAACAGAAGCCUCUGGAACGAGCAACAUGAAGUUCGUCCUCAACGGCGGGUUGGUCAUUGGCACGCUCGAUGGAGCAAAUAUCGAGAUCACAAGAGAAAUCGGCGAACAGAACGUUUUCUUGUUCGGCAAUCUGUCCGAGGAUGUUGAAGAUCUCAGACAUAACCACUUCUAUGGUGAAUAUCAGGUUGAUCCGGAACUCCAGAAAGUCUUCGAGCUUAUCAAAUCUGGCAAAUUUGGCGAUGAAGGGUCCUUUGGAGCCCUCAUCAGCGCCAUAACUGAGCAUGGCGACUACUAUCUCGUAAGCGAUGAUUUCAACAGCUACACGAAGACGCAAGACCUCAUCGAUGAGACCUUCAAGGAUCAAGACCAAUGGGUGGCCAAGUGCAUCUCGAGUGUGGCUGGCAUGGGAUUCUUUACAUCAGACCGAUGUAUCAAUGAGUAUGCGGAUACAAUCUGGAAUAUUGAACCUUUAGAUGUUGCAGAAGAGAAAGAAGUCCGGGCACGAACUGGGCUAGAUUCCUAG